GAAGAAAACAAUUUAAAUUACAGAUCUCACGGAAGUUCAACAACGUAAUAUUUAAAAGAAAUAAGAGAAAAUGUUCGAGUCAUUUGAGUCGUGCGAUACCGAUGACCAAAAGCUGGUAAGUGAGUCAGAGAACCAAGCCAUCGUCGACAAUCCCUUGACCUUCCACUGUGGACAUUGCAACGCUGUGUGGGCUGACUCCAGAGGACUAUGUGGAGAGGCACCAUGUGUCAACUCUCUCAUUUGUCUUAAGGUAACCCAAGAUGUGACCAUCAAUGAGGAACUGGAGUCCAGACGAGAAGGCCCGAUGGCUGCAUGUUCUUACAAUGCUAUGCACUGCUCCGGCUGUCGGCGCUUCAUAGGCGUAGUACUGUACUCAACACCGCCUCACCUGGCCGCGCUCCGCUCCCUCUUUCUCCUCAAGAAGGACAACAUGUACUGCUACAUUUUCAAAAUUGGCCAAAUGGUGAAAGCCUCUACACUCAACUUCAACACUCAAAGACCGCUUAGGGAACGUAUAAGUGAGCUGAAACAGCUCAUCCAGGAAGUGGAAUGUAAUCUUGACAAUGUGUCAGCUGUGAUGGAUGACAGCUGCAUGGAUGAUAUGACCACCUCAACUUUCCAGUAGUCAAAUGAUCCUAUGGACUCGCCCAUCAGAGCAAACCGCUGUAAACAUUUUGAAACUGUAAAAAAAAAAGUUUAGAUUAUAGCUGUUUCGUUCUGGACAGUCAUCAAUCAACUGCACUUUAUUCUCAUUUCAUUUGUUCUGUGUUUGCCUGAAGGUCCUUCAGCCUGGGAGCUACUGUGCUGCCAUGCCACUGCUUUUCAUGCCACUGCUUUUUUGACUAAAUAAAGGUGUGUGUGAGAGCUCAUAAAGCUUUUUAAAAAUA